GAGCUACACUAUUCAAUCAGUGUGAAAUCAACAGCUAACAGCUAAACAAUGAAAGCUAUAACAAUUGCCGUCUUGGCUAUCAGCCUUUUGGUGGUCUUCGUCGCAGCGCGGCCGAAUAAAUAUGAAUCACAGGAAUAUGGUUUAAGAAAGCAGCAGCAAAGACCUCAGCAGAGGCCCCCACAAGAGUCUAGCGAGGAGCAGCAACCAAAUGGACCACCACAGAACAAUGAUGACUCAAAUGAACGCCCACCACAACAAAACGAUCCCGGCAAACGUCCAUCACACGGUCAUCACGGCAAUGGCAAUGGCAAUGGCCAUGAUCACGGUCAUGGUAAUGGUCAUGGCCAUGGUCAUGGUCAUGGUCCCCCACACGGUCACCGCCCACCACAUCGUCCCACUCCACCGCCAGAGGAUGAUACCACAGCUGAUUCUAACGAGUCUACAGUGGUGCCCGAAGAGUCUACGGUUCAGCCUGAGGAGUCAACUGUGCAGCCUGAAGAAUCGACUGUUCAGCCAGAAGAAACUACCGUACAGCCCGAGGAAUCUACUGUGAAGCCAGAGGAGACUACAACACAACCUGAAGAGUCUACUGUGCAGCCUUCAGACUCAACUGCUCAACCAGAAUCAACUGUUCAGCCUUCUACUCCUCAGCCCGCUGAAACUACAGCACAACCUGAAGAGUCUACUGUUCAACCUGAAGAAUCAACUGUUCAGCCCGAAGAGACUACAGCCCAACCUGAAGAAUCUACUGUGCAGCCUGCAGAAUCAACUGCUCAACCAGAAUCAACUGUUCAGCCUUCUACUCCUCAGCCCGUAGAAACUACAGUACAACCCGAAGAAUCAACUGUUCAACCCGAAGAGUCUACUGUGGAGCCAGAAGAGACCACAGCACAACCUGAAGAAUCUACUGUGCAGCCUGAAGAGUCUACUGUUCAGCCCGAAGAGUCAACUACCUCAGAGUCUGUAGAGACAACUACAUUAGAAAUUGUUGUUUAAAAUGUUAAAUAUGCUUUUACGCAAAUUUAUUUAUUUUAAUCAAAUAUUUUGUAUAUAUAUUUCAUAAGGGGAAUUACAUUUCAAUGUACGAGCACAACCCACAUCAAAAUCGAGUAAAUGGU